GUUGGACCCGGCUCGCUCCCAUGUGCUUCUCCAGGUCCGAGCUAGUAAUCAGGUGUGUGCCUGUGUUGCGGUCCACCAGGUGGCUCCCCCUCGACCGCGACCCGCGUGGCGGGGUCUACGGGGUCUAGGUGGCUUAGUUUGCAGUGCGUCUUGAAGUUGAAGCAAUUUGACGGCCUCGCCGUCCGGAAACUCGUUGAUGAAAUCCUCAAAACUUAUGCCGUUGUCGCGUGCCGCAGCGACGCUGCCAGUGGGCUUGCCGUUGGCUUCCUCGAUGCUGGCAUGCUGGCAGACCCUAACAACAAAUUUUGAAGGGCCCUUUAUGUGGCCCAAGCAGCGCCCAAAUCUGGGCGACAGCGGACAGUCAAGCACCAGGUCGUCCUUCGCUGCUUUGGGUGGCAUUUUCGUCUUUUGUAUUGCGGAUGCAUUCAGCUGCGGACGCGCUGUGGAUGCAUUUAGCUUGACGCGGGCCUUGAAUGCAUGCGGGCCGACGGCGUGUGCCGGGCGUGUGCCUCUCGUAAUUCCGACCUCGUUUGAACUCGAACCUCGAAAUUCAAACGCCGGACCGGCAUGGCUUAAAUGUCCUUCGCCAAAUAAGCAUACAUGUAAUCGAAGUUGCUAAGCAUACUCGAGACGUUCGUCGUUUCCAUUCUUACAUGGUUCGCGCAACGGCCCCUUUCGGCCUGUCUCGCUCUCUUGUGACUCGCUAUCUGCUGCAGACGACGGUUUAGUACACCUAGACUUCCAUGUCGGCUGCUGGGAGCCCUGGCGAGCAGCGACCGGUGGUCUGCUUCGGCAUCGACGCCGGCACCAUGACCACGUUGGUUGGCAUUGUCAAGGUUGUCGACGGCAAUGCCAGCGAUGUGGAGUUCCUGGUGGACGGUGCUGUCGAGGGCCCCGCUCGUAGGCGCGUUGGCCGCAAAGGGUUGUUCCUGGCCUUAGAAUGGAAUUCCUUCUAACGUUAUAAUAAUGUAGAACUAAAUUAAAUCAUUAGGAUGAGCAUGAGAACGAGGUCCGUAACUUUUAACCUAGGGGGAGUUCGCUGCUGAAACUUUGGCAAGCCAACGGCUGAUGCGCACCCAGGUGUUUGCAAAAGUCGGCACGUUUGCGGGGUGCACAGGCCAGGCUGAACUGAGUAUGCGCCCCCCAGAUACAGCCAUACUGACUGCGCUGGUCACGCUAGACCCGUCAUCAGCAGCCUGUCCAAGGUGCCCGUUAGCCAUUGCACAUACGCACGGACGCAUGCCGGUAUACGGCAUGCCUAGGGUUGUUCCACU